UUCUCCCUUCAGGUUAGUGCACCAUGGCAGACCAGAGGCAACGUUCGCUCUCGACCUCUGGGGAAUCGCUGUACCACGUGCUGGGCUUGGACAAGAACGCCACUUCAGACGAUAUCAAAAAGUCCUACAGGAAACUUGCACUGAAAUAUCAUCCUGAUAAAAACCCUGAUAACCCAGAGGCGGCAGAAAAAUUUAAAGAGAUCAAUAAUGCACACGCAAUAUUGACCGAUGCCACAAAGCGAAACAUUUAUGAUAAGUAUGGGUCUCUGGGGCUGUAUGUAGCAGAGCAGUUUGGUGAAGAGAAUGUGAACACGUACUUCGUGCUUUCCAGUUGGUGGGCAAAGGCUUUGUUUGUGCUCUGUGGGCUCGUCACAGGCUGCUAUUGCUGCUGCUGUCUCUGCUGCUGCUGUAACUGUUGCUGUGGGAAGUGUAAACCUAAACCUCCCGAAGGCGAGGAGCAGGAAUACUACGUCUCUCCAGAGGACUUGGAGGCACAGUUGCAGUCAGAUGAAAGGGAGGCCUCAGACGCACCGAUCGUGAUACAGCCAGCAUCAGCCACAGAGACAACCCAGCUCACAGCUGACUCCCACCCCAGCUACCACACCGAUGGAUUUAAUUAAGUUAAGGAACCACUCUCAUUAGAACGGAUAAAAACAAAAAAUACAUGGCCAACUCAACACUAGAAUCAUGAACAUUAGAAGUAGAGAACGGGGAGGGGGAAUAAUUCUGCCACAGUAAGAAGGCAGCUUUCCAACCUGCCGAAAAGAUUUUGUAAUCCCUUCAGCCUUUUGUCACCUUUCAGUGUCGUAUCUUGACGAUACGUGAAGUGCUGUAGCAUGCAGUAUUUAAAGCAGUUUAGCUACGGUCUGAUUUUGUUUCCUUUCUUUCUUGUUUGGUUUUUUUUUUCUUCCCGUUCCGUUGGGGUUUUUUUUUUUAUAGCAUGUAUGGAGUUACGUUAAAUGUCCGUGGUGUAACGUAUUGAGUUGUCACAAUAUCCGUGUGAUGGAGACAUUCUGCAUUUUAAGCAGUGGUACCGGCCUAAAAAAUGAGAUUUCAAAAGUGUCACAGGAGCCACCAGUUUUCCGUACAGCUGAGCUGUCGAAGGUUGUAAAAGUUCAUGGUUAUCAUUUGAGUGCAACAAACCAGUUCUUUUAUUUGUCCUCCCAUUCCUGCGCUGUCCUCAAAGCAAGUUUACAAAGCCAAGAACCAAAAAAAAAAGCCAGUCCCGCAGAGCUGGAGUUCUCUUUAACGCUGAUUUUUCAGCCUGAACAAACCUACCUUG